AUGGCAGUAGUGUGUACCAAUAGGUUAUCAUUGAUUGUCAAGAUUAUUGAACGGAAUAAUAAAAUAUUUAAAAUGUCUAGUUUAUCUGGAAAAUCAAUCAACGUUAAUCUAGGAGAUAUGAGGAUAAAAUACAAAGAUAAAAGUGAAACAUUUACAGAAGAUCAAUUAGAUUGUAAAGAACCAAUUGGACAAUUUAAAGCUUGGUUUGAAGUUGCUAGUAAAACUCCCGGUAUUCUAGAAGCUAAUGCAAUGUGUUUAGGAACUGCUACUAAACCAGUAUUGCUAAAAGGAUUCAGUGAUAAAGGAUUUAAAUUUUACACUAAUUAUGAAAGCCGUAAAGGACGUGAACUAGCAGAGAAUCCAGUGGCGGCUUUGACAUUUUUCUGGGAGCCAUUGCGAAGAACUGUUCGCAUCGAAGGAGACGUAGAAAAAACUUCCGAUGAAGAUUCAGACGAAUAUUUUACCUCUCGACCAUUGGCAAGUCAAAUUGGAGCACAUGCAAGUAAACAGAGCGCGGUUAUUGCUGGUAGAGAAUCGCUGAUGAUCAAAGAAAGAGAAUUCUUAGCACAAUUUUCUGAUGGAAAAGUCCCUCGUCCUCCUUGCUGGGGAGGUUUUAUAGUGAUACCAAAAACAGUUGAAUUUUGGCAAGGACAAAGCGAUCGUUUACACGAUCGCAUAAGAUUCCGUCAUCCAGGUCCUAAUGAAAAAAUCGACAACAUUGUUGUACAUCAGGGAGAGAAAGGCUGGGUAUACGAUCGACUAUCGCCUUAA